GAGGUUUAGUACAACAAUGUUUGAAUUUAAAUGAAGGGUUUUAGGUCUACCUACAGGCUGUUAGUGAUUGCACUCCUUAACCAAAUAUCACCACCACCACCAACCACUUCUUCUCCAAUCAUCUAGAGAGAGAGAAACACAUAUACAAUAAGAAGAAAGAUUUUCUUAAAACAAUAUGAAAGAUCUUCUUGGCCUUUCCAACAUGCUUUUUGGAGGGUUUCUUUAGAUAGCAAAAAAACUAAAUCAUUGAAGAAUAUUAUGAUAGAACCACUCACAGUUUUCUUUCUGGUAAUUGUUUAUUAUAUUAUUUAAUUUACUGAAUUUCACUCUCUAAUGUUUCUUGAAAUCAAGAAUAAUGAUCAUGUGCAGACUCAUUUCUUGAGAAAAUUGGUUAUUUUUGGUGGGAAAAUCGAGAAGACUGAAUUUACUGCUCCAUUUUACCCUGUUUGAACUCAGAAGUGAAGAAAGUACCUGUUUUGCUUUUAUGUUCAUGUCCUUUUUUCCCACAAUUAAUGUUUCAUUUCAUCAACUGUUUGUCUGGUUUGAUCUUAAAUGUCUCUUCAGUGGAGUCAUCCUUCUUAAAUAUUCAAAACCUUUUCAGAAAAUUGAAUAAAAAGAUUGAAGAAAAGCAUGUCGAGUUACACACUCAAUGAAAGAUUCAAACAACCAGUCUCUUUGGAAUUGGAAUCACUGAUUCCUACUGGAAAUAUCACUAUGUAUAUGUCUCAGCAGAAUAACAUGAAUAAUAAUAAUACUAUCUUCACUGAUGUUCUUGAUUCCAAUGUUGUCACGCGACAAGAAUUCGGUAAAAUGUUGUUGAUGGAUCAAAUGGGUUCACAUGUUCCGCCCUCCGGAAUCCAAUUCUGUUCUGAUCAGUACCAGAAUCCUAACGGUUUUCUUUCGUUGGCGGAUGAAAGUACACAAGAUUCCGAGGGUAAUUCGUAUGGAAUUGGGAAUGUGGUUUAUGAUUCCAAGUAUUUAAAAGCGGUUCAACAAUUGCUUGAUGAGAUUGUUCAUAUCAACAAGGAUUGGAAACAACAAGAUUUUAAGCAGGAAUGCAUGAAUGAUUCCCAACAAGUGUUGAUGGAAUCGGAAUACCGACAAGAUUCAAGUCAACUUUCAGCUGUUGAAAAACAAGAUUUAGAGGACAAGAUGAUCAGGUUAUCAUCUAUGUUGAAAGAAGUUGAUAGAAGAUACAAACAAUAUUAUCAUCAAAUGCAGAUUAUUAUAUCAUCAUUUGAAGUACUUGCUAGAUGUGGGGCAGCAAAAGCCUACACAUCACUCGCACUCCAAACAAUUUCAAGCCGUUUUCGGUGCUUGAGAGAUGCGAUUGACAGCCAGAUAAAAGUUAUAUCAAGAAGCCUUGGUGGGAUAGAUUCAAAUGGGAAUGGAAUCGCGAUUUCGAGGCUGAAAUUUGUGGAUCAGCAACUUAGACGAGAGAAAUAUGAUCAGAAGUUCGGUAUGAUGGAUCAACAUAUUUGGAGGCCACAAAGAGGGCUUCCUGAAAGCUGUGUGUCGGUUCUGCGUGCAUGGUUGUUUGAGCAUUUUCUUCACCCCAGAUAUCCAAAAGAUUCGGAGAAGACGAUGCUAGCCAGACAAACAGGCUUGACCAAAAGUCAGGUUUCAAACUGGUUUAUAAACGCGCGAGUUCGUCUAUGGAAGCCAAUGGUGGAAGAAAUAUACCAAGAAGAGUCUGCUGAUGCUGCAAUGGACUCCAAUUCUUCAUCAGAAACCACACCUAAAAAGACUUCACUUGAUCAACCGCGCGAUAUGAACCCAAAUGCAGCGUCAUCCUAUCAAGCUCUUCACAUGAAAACGUCGGGUGCUAUUGUCAAUGGCCUUGACGUUAUCACAAACCCGAUCAUCGACAAAGGGGUGUCUCUAACGCUAAGGUUACAACACACGGAUAACAGUGGCUUACCCGUCUUGUCUUCUGUUGAGAACCAUCAUCAUGGUUUAGUUGAUCCUAGAGAUGUUAUUUGUGACACCCCAAAUUUGUAAUAUUGUAAGAAAUUCAUGCCAAGAUCAAACCAUCAUUUGUCACUAAUUAAGUUGUCUAAUAUCUUUUUUAAUGUA